AUGAAAAUUGAUCUAACCAAGAUUGAUACAGAACAACGUAAUCAAAAUAGUUUAUCAAUUGAUAAAGAAAAUACAACUGGAAUUUUAACAAUAAUCAAUAAUGAAGAUGCAAAAAUAGCAGGAGCAAUUAAAGAUAAAAUUUCAAUCAUUGCCAAGGUGAUUGAUUUAAUUUUUGAUCGUUUUACAAAAGGUGGGAGAUUAAUUUAUAUUGGAGCAGGAACAUCAGGUAGACUUGGUGUGUUAGAUGCUUCAGAGAUGUUACCCACAUAUAAUGUUGGCAAUGAUCGUAUUCUGGGAUUAAUAGCAGGUGGUGAUAUUGCAAUUAGAAUGCCACUUGAAGGUGCAGAAGAUAAUAGUAAUUUAGCUAUUAAAAAUUUAAAAGAUCAUAACUUAAAUUCAUUAGAUACUGUGAUUGGAAUUGCUGCAUCAGGAAGAACACCAUAUGUUCUUAGUGGCUUAAAAUAUUGUAAAUCAAUUAAUGGUUUAGCAAUUGGAUUAUGUAUGACAAAAAAUUCAAAAAUGUUAGAAAUUGCUGAUGAAACAAUUAUAAUUGAAACAGGGUCAGAAGUUGUCACAGGAAGUACAAGAAUGAAAAGUGGAACAGCAACAAAAUUAGUAUGUAAUAUGAUAUCGACAACAUUAAUGAUUAAAUCAGGAAAGGUUUAUCAAAAUUUAAUGGUUGAUUUGGUGGCAACAAAUGAAAAAUUAAAAGUUAGAACAGCUAAAAUUGUUAGUGAAGUAACAGAUUGUUCACAAGAAGAAAUUGAGAAAGCUUUAAAUGCAUUGUGA